CACUCGCAUCCUAGCCAAUCCAGGCCACAAUGUGGUGGAGCUUUUCGUUUUCUCUCAUGCGGUUUUCAUCGGAUAGAAGCGCAAUUUUCAUUGUCGUUUGACAGUUAAAACGUUGCAAUUGUCUCAGUACAGUCGCAAAAGGCGUCCGAGAUGCAAGUGUCAAGCACAAACGACGUAAAGAUUUACAACCUUAGCGCGGGUCGAUCCCUGCCAGAAUGGCUAUCGGACCGCAAGAAGCGCAUGCUGGCCAAGAAGAACGCGGAGAUCCGGCACCGCAUCGAACUCAUCCAGGACUUCGAAAUGCCAAUCGUGAGUACCAAUGUUGCCAUAUCGCGCGACGGCCAGUACGUAAUGGCAACUGGUACGUACAAGCCACGCGUUCGCUGCUACGAAGUGUCGCAGCUGUCCAUGAAGUUCGAGCGUUGCUUCGACUCCGAUGUUGUCACCUUCGACAUACUGAGCGAUGACUACACAAAGAUGGUGUUCCUUCACUGUGACCGUUACGUAGAGUUCCACGCCGCGUACGGGCGCUAUCACAGGAUCAGAAUUCCCAAGUUUGGCCGUGACAUGGCCUACCUGCCCGCCGCUUGCGAGCUGUACUUCGGCUGCGACGGACCUGAAGUGUACAGGCUCAGCUUGGACCAAGGUCGUUUCAUGAACCCAAUCAUGACCGAGGCGGCGGCUGUCAACGUGUGUCGCGUCAACAGUUACCACAAUCUCGUUUGCCUGGGGACCCAAGAAGGCAAAGUUGAAGCGUUCGAUCCCAGAUCGAGGUCGCGAGUGGGAACCCUCGAAUGUGCUCUCAACAGUGUCACCUUGGACACGGAAGUUGAGGGAAUGCCAUCGGUGACCGCGCUGACAUUCAAGGACGCCUUGACACUCGGCGUCGGCACUGCAACAGGUCAGAUCUUGCUGUUUGACAUUCGGUCCGACAAGCCAUUGCUUGUGAAGGACCACCUGUACGGCUUACCCGUCAAGAAGAUCGCCUUCCACUCUGACGCCGAUGUUGUGAUGAGCAUGGACUCGAAGGUGCUUAAGCUGUGGGACCGGACUUCGGGAAAGGCGUUCACCUCAGUCACACCAGGUGUCGACUUGAACGACCUGUGCCUUGUGGGAAACUCUGGGUUGUUUUUUCUGGCGAAUGAAGACAAGAAGGUGCUGUCAUACUACAUCCCGAGCCUCGGGCCCGCGCCACGCUGGUGCUCUUUCCUGGACAACCUGACAGAGGAGCUGGAGGAGACGCACCAGGACACUGUGUAUGACGACUACAAAUUUGUCACACAGAGGGAGCUGGAGAAUCUGGGCUUGGGCCACCUUGUGGGCACAAACCUGCUCCGAGCAUACAUGCACGGCUACUUCCUGGACAUGAGGCUUUACCACAAGGCAAAAGCACUGGUGCAACCCUUUGCAUACGAUGAGUACCGCAAGAAAAAGAUCAGAGACACAGUUGAGGCAGCAAGGAAGAAUCGUGUCGAGAGCAAGCUCAAAUUGCCAACAGUCAACAAGGAACUGGCAAAGAAACUUCAAGAAGCAGCUGCAGCCGAGGCUACGGCAACUUCAAAGAAGGCUAAGAAGGCUCCAAAGACGGCCCUCUUGGAGGACACGCGGUUCAAAGCAAUAUUUGAAAACCCAGACUUUGAAGUUGACCCUGCCAGUGAGGAAUACAGAUUGUUGAACCCACUCGUGAAGAGUCUGGAAAAACGGCAAAAGAAAAAAGUGGAUGAAGCCGAGCUGCAAGGCAAUGGCAUCAUGGACUUGCUCAAUCCAGUCGAACAGAAUGGCAGCUCAAGUGAAGAGGAGAGCUCAGACGAUGACAGAACAUGGACCAAAGAAGUCAAGAAACAACACCGGAUGAUGAAGCACGAAGCAAAAUCGACAGCAGAGGGUCCUAAGAUGUACGAACUGAAGAGUGGCGUUGAACUCCAUGGAGUCCUUUGUGGAAGAGGGGAAAAUGUAGACACUGUGAAAAAGCAGCAGAAGGCAGCGCAGAAGCUGACGCUUGCUCAGAGAUUGGACAGAAAUAGCACAGGUGCAGCAGUGGGUGCCGGUGGGAAUAAGAUGAUGACGUUUGAGUUGAGGAAAACAAAAGUUGAGCGAGACAGGGAAGAGAAAGUGAAGGCGCACAUGGUUGAGCGGAGAAACGCUAGGCGCUCAGCAAAAGGGUUGAAAAUGAGUAAGACGGGACUGCCUUAACUUAUGCCAUUGCCUAUACUUGUAAAUAAUAAAGCUUCACUCUUACAUCAUCCACACUUGCCACUGGAAGGGCUAGAAACUAGCUUGUCCGGCUUUCAACCAGGUGAACUAUCAAAGUGCACAAUUUCAUGAUUUAUCCUAAUUGGCCAGGUAGGUCAUGUGUGCACACUGAAUAAAUAUGAAUGGAAGCAAGUGGUGAGUGAUGCUUGUUCCCAUCUGUCUUCUG